AUGAUUCGUCCAAGUAUUUUACUUUUAUUUAUGCUGUGUACCGUUUGUUCAUUUUGUGGUGUGGACUUCAUCUCACUGGGCAGACAUGUAUGGCGAUGUAAACAGCGUCUACAAGUUCCAAAUGGUGAAGCUAAACUGCCUCAACCAAUCAUAAUUGAUUCCUCRAAUAACUUCUCUAAUAAUGGUAUCAUCAAGUGUUGUUGUGGAAAAAAUUGCAAGGGGAUUCGUGGCCUUAAAUCGCAUCAGCGGAGCUGUCGCGUUAUCCAUGGUCUCAACGACGAUUUACGUGCUGACAUCGAAGAACAACUCAAUGAUGAUUUUAUUGAUUCGACAAAUGGUACAGAUCAUGUUAGUUUUAUUGAUGAUUUAACUGUUGAAAAUAGUAAUCCUGAUAUUAAAAAAGGGAUAAAACUUCCRAAAAAUGAUGACGACUGGCUAACGGCUAAUGCAUAUUUCAAAUCCGUGUUAUAUUCAAAUCUGCCAAUCAGCGCUAAGGAUAUAAAUUUGAACAUACAGCAACUUAACGAUGUAGUUUAUAAUUACUUUGCCGAGAAUUAUGGUUAUGUUGAUGGACCAAAUGCCGAUAAGAACUUAAUUGAAAAAUACAAGGAUCAUUCAGUUAAAGCCUUGAAGAAAACUCUUCGUAAUUUGAAAUCUUCUGGUGGUGACCUUGGUGAAAUUAAAUAUGUCUCUCGUACACUACGUGACAGGUUGAGUAAACGCGAUGCCCACAAGUCUACCGGUGAUGACGACAACAUCAAUCACGAUAAAUUCAUCAGUAAAAACUUUUGGGGUUAUGUUAAACAUGUAUUCAUCAAAAAACAAACUGUUCUUCCUUCAUUUGGCAUGGUGGAAUGUGCUUCCUAUUUUCGAAAAACUCUGAGAUCAGUUAAUCCCAACAAGCUUUUUUGUAUUCCAAGUUGGAUUCCGUGUCUAAAGCCACCAGAGUCACCCUUUAAUGUUGACCCUCCAACAUAUGAUCAAAUUACUAAUGUAAUCCGAAAAAUGAAAUCUUCUGGUAGUCCUUGUCCACUUGAUCAGAUCUCUAUUAUAUGCUUUAAAAGAUGUCCGUAUUUAAGAUCCUACCUAACUGAAAUCAUACGCCAUAUUUGGACCUCUGGUGAAGUUCCCUCAUCAUGGAAGAAAGCUUGCACAAUCCUGAUCCAUAAAAAGGGUGACACGAGUAUUCCUUCUAACUUCCGUCCAAUAACUCUUGAAUCAAUCCCCUUAAAAGUGUUUACAUCAUGUCUUCGUAACGCAAUAUUUUCUUUCCUGUCUGCGAAUAACCUAAUAGAACAUAACAUCCAAAAAGGCUUUACCCCUGGUUUGUCAGGUACUCUGGAACAUACUGCCCAAAUGUCUAACAUAAUUAACAAAGCUCGCAUCAAACAACGCUCCAUCGUAAUUACACUGCUAGACUUGAAAAAUGCUUUUGGUGAAGUUCAUCAUAAUCUAAUACAAUCAGUCCUUGGAUAUCAUCACAUUCCUGAUGAUAUCAAAACGCUCAUCCAAAGUCUUUACUCUGAUUUCAAGACAUCUAUCAUCACUUCAGAUUACCAAACUCCUUUCAUUACCGUUGGCCGUGGCGUUCUUCAAGGUGAUUGCCUUAGUCCCUUACUUUUUAACAUGUGUUUCAAUACUUUCAUUCAGCAU